CAUACAUACACAAAGCUAAACCUUGUAGUAUUAGAAAUGGCUAGUCUUAAAAUUAUUACUACUCUCUUCCUUCACUUGGUGAUAGUUAUGCCAUUCAUCCUCCACGGCGUAAAUGGCUAUGGCCUACAUCCAGGGUUUUACUCGACAUCAUGUCCACAAGCGGAGGCCAUAACAAAGAAGAUUAUCAAUGAAGUUAUCGCGAUUGCGCCUUCACUUUCUGGCCCUUUGCUAAGAAUGUUCUUCCAUGAUUGCUUUGUACGGGGUUGUGAUGCGUCUAUUCUUUUGGAUUCCCCAAUCAAACAAGCUGAAAAAGAUGCACCUCCAAAUCUAACUCUUCGAGGGUUUCAAAUUUUUGAUAGAGUUAAAGAUGCAUUAGAGCAAGCAUGUCCAGGGAUUGUUUCAUGUGCGGAUAUAGUUGCCAUAAUUGCAAGAGAUGUUGUGGCCGCGGUGGGUGGACCAUAUUGGGAGGUCGAAACUGGAAGAAGAGAUGGUAUAAUAUCAUCCCUCAAUGAAGCCCUAAUUAGUCUUCCAUCACCCUCAUUAACAAUAAACUCUCUUAAAGCAAGUUUUCAACAAAAAGGACUUACUACCAAAGAUCUCGUUGUCCUUUCAGGUGCACACUCAAUCGGAAUAUCACAUUGUUCGUCUUUCAUAGAUCGACUAUACAAUUAUACUGGUAUAGAUAACACCUCGGACCCAACCCUAGACCCCGAGUACAUGGCUAGGUUAAAAUUGAGUUGCACAAAAAAUGGUCCAAAUGUAUUGGUGGAAAUGGACCCUGGAAGUUACAAGACUUUCGAUGUGCACUACUACGAGCUCGUGUCGAAGAGAAGAGGAUUAUUUCAAUCGGAUACUGCUUUGCUCGAUGAUCCUGAAACCAAAGGUUAUGUUGAAGCACAUAGAUAUGAUAAUAGUAGAGAAACUUUUUUCCAUGAUUUUGGAACGUCAAUGGUUAAUUUGGGUAGGGUUGGGGUCCUUACUGGUAAUUUUGGUGAAAUUAGGAAAGUUUGUUCCAAGGUUAACUCACUCUAA